AACCGACGAGGAGCUCCGCACGCGCGACGUUGCGUUGCUUUUCCUCUCUGCGCUCGGCACUCCACACAGGCAGCGAAACCACCGUGCGCGCGGCGCGACGGCAUGGCUAGCGCGGCCGCUCCCAGUCCCCUCCCCGUGGCCUCCCUCUCCGCGCCCCGCGCGGUCGCCGCCGCGGGCCCCCACCCGCUGGGGUUCCCGAGGCGUCUCAAGCCCUCCACGGGAGGCGCGCCGCGCUCCAGCCUGCGCGUCGUGGCCUCCAACUCCAAGGUGGACCCGGUCGAGGAGAGAGCUCCCGUCGCGCCGCUCACGGGCGUCCCAGUUCCGGCCGGCGCGUCCCCGCCAGGCCCGUCGCUGGAGCCUCAGCCCCAAGUAAGCACCGGCACAUGGAAAUGGAGGGGCUACAACAUUCGCUACCAGAAGGCCGGGACGUCGGGCCCCGCAUUGGUUCUGAUUCAUGGGUUUGGGGCAAACAGUGAUCAUUGGUGGAAAAAUGUUCCUGUUCUUGCCAUGGAAAAUAGGGUGUAUGCGAUAGAUCUAAUUGGUUAUGGCUAUUCUGAUAAACCUAAUCCGCGUGAGGUUGGAGAGAACUUUUAUACUUUUGAGACAUGGGGAGAGCAGUUGAAUACGUUUUGUGCUGAAGUGGUCAAGAGUGAAGCUUUCUUCAUAUGCAAUUCAAUUGGAGGGGUUGUUGGUCUGCAGGCAGCUGUUAUGGAACCUCAGAAAUGUAAGGGAAUUGUUUUAUUGGAUAUUUCACUAAGGAUGCUUCAUAUCAAGAAGCAGCCGUGGUUUGGAAAGCCUUUCAUCAAAUCUUUCCAAAGUCUCCUAAGGAACACUAUUGUUGGGAAGCUAUUUUUUAAUGCUGUUGCUACACCAGAAUCUGUGAAAAAUAUACUUUGCCAGUGCUACCAUGACACAUCUGCAGUGACAGAUGAGCUAGUUCAGAUUAUUCUACAGCCAGGGCUUGAUCCAGGCGCAGUGGAUGUAUUCCUUGAGUUCAUCUGCUACUCUGGAGGACCUCUACCUGAAGAGUUGCUUCCAUUGGUGAAGUGUCCAGUUUUGGUAGCAUGGGGGGAGAAGGACCCAUGGGAGCCUGUGGAGCUUGGAAGAGCCUAUGCAUCUUUUGAUACAGUUGAAGAUUUUGUUGUUUUGCCAGAUGUUGGACACUGCCCUCAGGAUGAAGCGCCUGAGCUUGUAAACCCACUUGUCCAAUCAUUUGUUGAGCGUCAUAGUUAGCACAUGGGUGAGCCUGCUUUCUAUGUUUCUUGAUGCCCUUCUCCACCAGACCACAAGGGCCUGUAUUUCCUGGGAAGGGAACACAUGGUUAUGUUAUUCCGGGAUAACAAAUGGGCCCUUCUGUUAUAGGCCAUGUCCUUGCAUCUUAGUGCCGUUGGCAAACAUCAUUUGGUAAAUUAUAAUUCAAGUAUAGGAAAUCACAAGGAAAUAUCUGAUUUUGUUACAGCAAAAGGAAGAACCUGUCUCCUCAGAGCAGAGAGGUUAGUACCAGCAGCACAGUGGUUCUAUUCUAGUUGAAGUUAUAGUGGAAGUGAACGCAAGUUCCUACAUGUAUAUUGUCCUUAAUGAACCUGCACAAUUUGUGUAGACAUAACAUUUAUGUUGACACUUGACUUGAAGUAUCUCUUUCGGCAACAAAGAGAAAAAAGAAAUGAAAAUUUGGAUGUUCCUGUUUUUA